UUUAAAAGGGACUGCAAGUGGCAGUGGAUCAGAGAAAGGACAAUGGCACGGGCCUGGAUGGCACUCAUGCUGGUGGUAGGCUUGGCAGCAACGGCCUGCGUGGCCCAACGCCAUCUGAGCUAUGAGGAGAUUGUCACUGAGGCCUUGCGGAUCUUCAAUCAGGGGCGAUGGGGACAGUCCCUCUUCGGCCUGGUGGAAGCCAUCCCACCGGCAAAUUCGAACUCCACCACCAGGACGAAGCUCAGCUUCAGGAUUAAAGAGACGGUGUGCAUUUCAGGGAGGCGGAGAGAACCCCGAGAAUGCGCAUUCAAGGCAGACGGGGAGGAGCGGAACUGCACUGGUAUCUUCUUCAUGGGGCAUGGCCGCAUCCUGCUGGUCGACUGCCGCCCAGGCCCCCUGCGCCAGCCUGAGACGUUCCGAGAGAAGCGUUCCACCGAGUCCGCCAAGACAGCCUCUGCGGGGGCUGACACCUCCAAGCUGCCGCCUGCGGUCAGGGACAUGUACGAGAGAGCCAAGUAUGACAUCAUCGCCAAUAUCCUGAGUAAUUUCUAGGGCUGGAGAAGGGAAGGGAGGUCCCACAUCCCCACCAUGACCUCCUCUUCCCACCUAUCCAUCCCCUCUGCUGCCCUCAGGAUGGUCUGAACCUGUCCACACUCCUCUGCCUUUGCACACCCCUCUCCCUAGAAUUCCUGCCCAUCCUGUGUCUGUAUAUCCUAUUACCCUUUAAAGCACAGCUCCAAAGUCACCUCCUCCAAGAAGCCUCCCGGCUCUCCCCCGGGCACCAAUGUCCUUCCCUCAUCUGAGCAUUCACUAUCUCAAAACCACGCUGCACUGUCUGCCGUGCCGCCAGCCAGACAGCACUGUGUCUGCUCGUAGCUGGGUCCUCCUGAGCCAGCUGCAGGUGGCUGUGGAAUGACUUUCUCAAUCAGGUGUCCCUGGAAUUCUGGGAGGACAGUUCCUUUUGUGCAGGACCCCGAGCACCCCUGCCCCCUUCCCAGUCAUGGUGACAAUAUGUCCCUUCACAUAGCGAGGCACCUCCAAGGGGUUCAGUCUGCCCUCUGGAGAGAACCAUAAGAGAGAAGCUCAAUAAAAUGUUUCUGCAAUAAAUGA